AUGCCACGAACCAACAUCUGGACACUGACGAGUUUUAAGCCCGAAGAUAACCCACACGGGCUUGUCGAGGAGAGUCAAUUCUCUGUUGCGUUUCCCAAAUUUCGUGAAGCUUACAUCAAAUCGAUAUUACCUGCUUUAGUCGCGAAGUUGGAGGAGUUCAAACUCAAAAUUGACGUCGAUUACUUGCAGGGGUCUUUUGUUAUUAAAACCACAAGAAAAACGUUUGACCCCUUCAUCAUCAUUAAGGGCCGUGAUAUGCUCAAGUUGAUUGGGAGAGGCGCUGACCUUGAACUGGCGUCAAAAAUUCUUUUGGAUGACUACUGGUGUGAUAUCAUCAAAAUUGGUAAUAUGGUCGUCGACAGAAAACGCCUUGUGAAAAGAAGGCAACGACUUGUUGGACCAAACGGCGCGACACAAAAGGCCAUCGAGAUAUUGACGGAAUGCCAAUUUAUCGUACAAGGAAAGACAGUGGCGGUUAUAGGGAAGCCAGAAGGGUUAAAGUUGGUCAGAAAGAUUGUCGAGGACUGUAUGAAUAAUAUCCACCCAGUCUAUAACAUCAAGUCGUUGAUGAUUCGCAAAGAACUUGCAAAGAACGACAAAAUGAAGUCAGAGAGCUGGGACCGUUACAUCCCAAAGUACGUCAAGAAAUAUAGGCCCGAAAAAACGGAAGAAGAGAAGUUGCGUAUCAAGAAAAAAAAGGAGAUCAAAAGAAAGAUCAUCGAGAGGAAGAAAAAUUACACUCCAUUCCCUCCAGAGAGAGACGACUAA